UCCAACGGUCCGUAAUCGUUACCCCCCCUGUCACUCGCACGCUCGACAGUCUCGAGCCCUGUCUCCCUCGCUCUCUCGAUAGGAGAUUCACCCGCCAUGUACAUUCAUUCGCUCGAAAUUCUCCCAUGCCAUCUCCGCCUUGGGACCUCGAGCUCGAGGUCAAAAUGACUACGGCGGCCCCCGGAGGCGGCCGUACCGAUGAACCGCGCGCGUCGUCUUUCGACACCCUCUUUCGAGAGUCGAGUAUUCAGCUAGAGAAGGCGGAACCUUUCGCGAGAUCGCGAGAAGUGAUCGCGUCCGUUGCUGCUGUUGGCAACGGUGACCCCGGCGACCUAGGGUCGCUUCCCCAUUCGGUUCCGUCCCCAAAAUUAGCCAUCGGCGACGGCGGAAUUGAUGCUGGGCCGCUCUUGCGUUCGUGCCUGACCCGGCUCGAACCCCAUUCGGCUCUGGCCGCGCAGGUGGUGAAGAUCGAAGAGGAAGAGGAGGAGGAAGAUGAGGAGGUGGCGAUCAUUGCUGAUCCAGGGGACGCUGCCACCAGAUCGGUGUCUAGCUCGUUGCGGGCUGCGGCGGACGAAGUGGCGAGACCGAUGCAGGGGCUUGGGGAGGUGGGGCCGGCGCCCUUCCUGAGGAAGACGUACGAGAUGGUGUCGGACCCGAGUACGGACACGGUGCUGUCGUGGAGUCCCAGCCGGGACAGCUUCGUGGUUUGGGAUCCGCACGAGUUCUCGAAGCAGCUCCUGCCCCGAUACUUCAAGCACUCCAAUUUCUCCAGCUUCAUCAGGCAGCUCAACACUUAUGGUUUUAGGAAGAUGGACGCAGAUCGAUGGGAGUUUGCGAACCGAAGUUUUCAGGAAGGGAAGAAGCACUUGCUGAAGAACAUAAGGAGGAGACGGAAACUCAGCGGUCAUACGAAAACAUUGAGUUGUACUGUUGCUUCAGAUUACCCGAAGGCUGGAAAGGAAGCUGAACUUGAAAUGCUUAAGAAGGACCAGGAAGCAUUGAAGACCGAGAUCCUGAAACUAAGAGAAGAGCGGGAGCACUCGCAGCAUGAGAUCAAUCAGGUCGCCAAGCGGAUUCGCUAUGCUGAGUGCAGGUGUCGGCAAAUAUUCCUCCUCCUCUCCAAAGCAACCAAAAGCCCGAACUUUGUCCAUUUAAUCCAGGAGAGGAGGCAGAAGAGAGAAUUAGAGACUUGUCAAUCGAGCGAGAAGAGCAAAUUGCUCAGUCUCGACAGCGAAGCCACCAAAUGCUUGCUCGAAGUAAUGGAUCACAAGAUUCAAAGCCCGAACGUUGAUUGCCCGAGUGUUGGUGAUGAUCCGGGACAGAUGGAGUCUUGGCCGAACAAUGUCGGGCCGGUGGAUUUUCAGACCGUUCAGAUGCACAACCCAUGGCCUCCUCCGAUAGGUGGCAGAGACUUCAGGGCUGUGCAGGGUCGGACACCUGAUCAGAAGGCCGGAGCUAGUCCGUCAGAUUUACCUUCGGUUUUCCAUGAGAUGUCGGAGAAACUCCUCAGAGACAACGUGGUCAUGGGCGAUGAUGCGAUGGAUGUAGAAGCAGAAGAACUGGCAAUGGAUGACACAGGAAUCUAUCUUGAGCUGGAGGGUCUGAUUGAGAAGUCAUGUGGUUGGAGUGAUAACACAAGUGAGCUGUGGGAGCAAGCAGUGGGACUGACGCCCUAAAAUUUCCAUGCUGCUGCUCCUGCUCUGUUCUCUCUGUUAUAUGGCGCUGCUAUUUUCUGUGACCCAGAUCACAUAAUGCAACCUCUGCAUAAUUGGAGGGAGUAUCCGAAGUGAAGGGACUGAAUCCAACCAAUAAACUUGGUUUUUUUUUUUUUUAAUGGGUCAAAGGUAAAUGCUCAUACUUAGUAUAUAUGUUGUAGUUUCUUUCCUUUGUCUCCACUGUAAGAAAGUGCUCUCGGUGUUCUUUUCCUCUUCGUUUACACUAAGUUUUUUUCUGUGUUUUUUUUUUCUUUUCUUUUUGUAACUGGUUUUGUAUAAGAUAAGCGUUUAUAGUGA